CUGGGGCAGUGAUUCUGCUGUGUGUUCUGCUGCUGGGGCGAGUAUUGAUUCUGAUGCUAUUGAUACGAUUGAUGACACUGACUGAACUGUUUAAUGAUUAUGUUUCUGUUUGAAUCUACAGACUGUUGUACAGCUCAGUCCGGCAGUCCGGCAGAGUUAUAGAUCCCUUUAAACAGAAUCAGAUUUCACCUACAAAAAGGCAACUGCCCAUGCUGCCUAUGCCAGGAAACGCCACUGGUCGUACUGACGUGCUGACGAUGACGUCCUGGUCGGUUCCAGUGGUUUGGGAGGGAACCUUCAACCCGGUUCUCCUCGACAGCCUCUACCAGGGGACGAGCCUCACCAUCGCAGCCACUGUGUUUGCCCAGGGAAAGUACAUUAGGUUCCUGAAAAGGUUUCUGGAGACCAUGGAGCAGCACUUCUUCACUGGUUUCAAUGUGCAUGUGUUCGUCUAUACUGACCAGCCAAACGAGGUGCUCCAAGUCAAAAUGGCCAGCGGCAGACAGCUGACGGUGAAAACAGUGCCAACCGUUAACCGUUGGCAGGAUAUCAGUGCCAGCAGGCUGUUUCUGGUGCAGGCCCUAAUAGAUGAUGAGCUUCUUGACUACGCCGACUUCAUUUUCUGUCUGGAUGUGGACUCCGAAUUCCACGGCCAUUGGGGCACGGAGUCAUUGGGAGAUCUGGUCGGUGUGCUCCAUCCAGGUUACUACAAAGCCCACCGCAGCGCACUCCCCUAUGAGCGGCGGCCUAUCUCCAAAGCCUACAUGGCUCCUGAGGAAGGGGACUUCUACUACUGUGGGGGGGCAUUCGGAGGCAACCUGCAGGAAGUACAACGGCUUUCCCGAACCUGCAUCAUCAACUUUUGGGAUGAUCGUACAAAAGGCAUCGAGGCAGCCUGGCAGGAGGAGAGUCAUAUUAACAGGUAUAUGUGGAUCAAUAAGCCCAGUAAGAUUCUGUCACCUGAGUACCUGUGGCAAGACUUUGCAGCCCGCGAGCCUGAAAUUCACAUCAUAAGAUUCUCUGGAGUUGCAAAAAACUACGCAGAGAUCCGACCGAAUGUCUGAGAGAACUUUAUCAAAAACAUUUUAACAGACAUCAUCAGUUUCUGAAAAUGAGAAAAAGAGCAUGUUCCACAAAGACAGGAAGCUGUGUGUGUGUGUUCAGACCUUUUAAAGCAAGUAAAACACUCUGAUUCUCUCUCUCUCUCUCUCUCUCUCUCUCUCUCUCUCUCUCUCUCUCUCUCUCUCUCUCUCUCUGAGCUGAGCUGAGAGCUGGUGGCGGUAAAUGAUAGGUUUGUGCGAUUUUGUUGUAUAUUUUGGUUAUUCUGUUUAUAUAUAUUGCUGUGCAUUAGU